AUGUUAAUUGUUCUGUAUCGUUAUGUGGAGGACAUAUGCCCAGGGACUCGAAUGCGGUUACAUCCGAAAGAGAUCUUGAAGAAUUUUGACAAAUUAGCGUACCCUCUUGAGAAAAAGACUUUUGAGGCUUUUUGUCGUUACAAUUUCGUAAAUGUACCAUAUCUCGUAAAUGUAUCAUUGCCGGACUAUAAAGCUAGACCACGCUUCUUGGAUCAGAUCCGAAGGAAGGAGCAUCUAAAACUUGCCGAAUCCGUGCAUUUUUUGUGGAACAAGCUUGCUCGUAAAUUUACUGAUGAUGUUCUUCUCAAUGCUUCAUUCUACCCUGUUGUUCCCGUCACCAAUAAUUUUGUCGUCCCCGGUGGAAAGUUCCAGAUAUUCUUCUACUGGGACUCAUACUGGAUCUUGAAAGGCCUCUACUUGUCGGAACUGCUAAGCACAGCAAAGGGGAUGAUUCAAAACUUUGCUGAUGUAAUUUAUCGAAAUGGGUUUAUUCCAAACUCUGGCAGUGUCCAAUUAUCACGUCGCUCUCAGCCUCCUCUAUUUGCGCAAAUGGUCAAAGACUAUUUUGCUGUCACGAAAGAUGUAGAAAGCUUACGACUUUGGACUCCAUCUAUGGACAAAGAAAUGCGCUGGUGGAUCGCUAACAGAAGCGUGAGCGUCGAGUUGCCCAAUAAGAGCAUGGGUUCUGUGUUUCUUUACCGAACCGAGACGAAUUGUCCGCGACCAGAGAAUUACCUUUCCGACUAUUUACUUGGCAUGAACAACACUGAUCCCUUGAGUACUUGGAAAGCAAUGUCCACUGCUUGCGAGAGUGGUUGGGACUUCAGCACUCGCUGGUUCGAUCAUGAUGGAGAACGUCGAUAUAGAAAAGAUUCAAUUCGUACGCAGACGAUUGUGCCCGUGGAUCUAAACGUCUACAUGGCUUUGAACUUCAAAUUCUUGGCAGAUUCACAUGCUUUCCUUGGCAAUAUCAGCAUGUCUGAUUGGUAUAAAGAAAAAUAUCGCGCGUUGCUAUCGGAUAUACAAAGUCUUUCAUGGAACGAAGACGAAGGGGUAUGGUUUGAUUACGAUCUGCUGCUGAAGGAGCAAAGGAAGGCGUUUUAUCCAUCGAAUGUGUUCCCGCUUUUACUGCCAGAGAUGCAAGCUUAUGCGGGGCGCGUACUCGGUUAUCUUGAAAAGGAGGAUGUUUUCAAGUACCCAGGUGGGAUUCCCGCCACUCUGCCGGUGGAGUCAUUCGAACAAUGGGAUUUCCCGAAUGUUUGGGCUCCGACACAGCAUCUUUUCAUUCACAGUCUAUUGUCAUCGCAACAUCCUGGUUUGAAGCAGAAAGCUAUGGAGGAAGCUGAGAAAUUCAUCGCUACCGUCUACAAUGGCUUAUUCAAUCCACAAGAAGGCGUGCCAGCCGGUCUCUGGGAAAAAUAUGACGCUCGCAGCUCACAAGGCAAACCCGGCGAUGGGGGAGAGUAUAUAGUUCAGGAAGGUUUUGGAUGGACUAACGGAGUCGUAAUGGACCUCAUCAACAUGAUGAACGUUCAAGAUGGUUUCGUACGCACAACAGGACUAUCUUUGCUCCAAAAAUCCGGACACUCAUGGAUUGUCAUCUUAGCUAUCGUAGUCUUGCUAAUUUUAGCAGCAUGGUUUGCCAUUUGUGGGCAUUUCGGAUAUGUAAGCCUCGUUCGUGACAAGGUGGUGUAUGUGCGAGAGCCAUCAUCUCGACGUCUUCUAGAGGACAGUGAUAGUAGCGAGUAGUUUUUCUCCACAGGUUUUGCUUAUCAGUUAUUGUAUUUUCUGAUGUGAUCUUUCUACGGGACUGUGAACCUUUGUCUAGAAAAUUCCGGGUCUUUUUUGCAUGCUGGCGCAUAUCAAUUUUGUUCAUGUCUUAAUGCGAUAUGUUGCUUUUUUUCGCCAAUGUUUUUUUGCCAAGUUUAUUUUUUAUAAAAAAUAUUGAAAAGCAGUCAAACUUAUUUUCUUACUUCUCUCUUCUUGUUCAAAUAUGAUGGAUAAAAACCUCAAGAUGGAUUUGCCGGUGGUUAUAUUGUCAUUUCAAUCUGAUACAAAUGUGCGUUCUCGUUUGCAACAACAACUGCUUGAUAAAUAACUCCAUAUCAUGAUAAUCUCUUGUUUUUGAUUGUUGACCACAUCGAUGUAUUCCACACCAAUGCGAAGAUUCUUUUUCUGUCAUGCGUUCACGUUUUAUUGAAGUGGUUACUAAACGUGCGAAUGUUACCCACUAAUCCACUAUUUUCCAAACUGUGACUGUUAGGCCGUGGGAUACCCCAAGCGAUGUCAGUCGUCACGCGAUCUGGAAAUUU